AUGCCUCCACAACGACAAUUGGCUGCUAGAAAGGAAGCCGCUCGUCGUCACCGUGUAAGCCUUGAAAAUGCAUUCAUAUCCUUAGCUAACAGAGCUACUACUCCCGUUGUUGGGCAGUCUGCAUUUGACCGAUUUGACCGUCAUAGGCCCCCUACUUAUGACCCUGUAGCUCUGGAAAAUUGGUUAAGAGAAAUGGAGAAGCUCUUUACGGCAACAAACUGUCCCGUUGCUGAGAUGGUACCUAUUGGGACGUAUUACUUGAAGAAAGAAGCUGAUAACUGGUGGGGUACGGUAAAGGUUGCAUGUAUGGCUACUGUUGGAUUUGGGUGGACUCAGUUCUCCGCCAAGCUGAAGGAGAGUUUCUACCCUGAAGAGUUGCGUUGGCAGAAGCAGGAAGAGUUCCUAUCUCUGACUCAGGGGAAUAUGGAUAUCCAAAGGUAUACCGACCGCUUUACCGAGCUGUCUAAGUUUGCUGGUACUGUCAUUCCCACCGAAGUCGAUAGAGUUAAGAGGUACAUAAAGAAGAUGGAUCCUAGGGUAAGGACCCUUAUGUUGUGUUCGGGAGUUACUACUUUCCAGGCUGCUUAUGAGAUGACCCUGAGUGUCCAUGCUUCAAUAAAGGAAGAAGAAACUGCUAAGGCUGCAUCUGUGAGGAAGCCUGUCCCUUCUUUUGCUCCUGGUCCGGCUAAAAAACCGAGGUUUGAACCGAAUUUCUGUGGUGGAUAUCAAGGUUCCAGUUCUAGGCCGAGUUUUGAUCCGUCCAAGUGUCGGAGGUGUGAGAAGCCUAAUCAUCCGGGGAAGGAUUGUGAUGGAUCUAGCAUUAUGUGCUUCCACUGUAGGGAGGCGGGUCACAAGAGUUAUGAGUGUCCUAAGAAUCCGAGAGCUACAACUAAACCUCCUGCUCCUCCUAGCCAUUCUGCUCCACCGAAGAAUCGAGUUUACAACAUGACUCAUUCUGACGCCGAUGUUCAUCCCAACAUCAUCAUUAGUACCUUUCUUGUUAAUUCUGUCCCUGCUUUCGUGUUGUUUGAUUAUGGUGCUACAGUGUCGUGUGUGUCUAACUCAUUUGUUAAGAAAGCUAACCUGUCUUCGAGUUCUCCUCUUCGAACUCUCAUAUCUCUUCCUUCUGGUGAGAACUACCCUUGUCAUGCCGAGUACCAUGAUGUGACUAUUUCCUUGUUGCAUACUGAUCUCCCUGUCGACCUUAAGGAAUUUUCCAUGUCGGAGUUCGAUAUCAUUAUGGGUGUGGACUGGUUGUCUAAGUACCGUGCCCAUAUUCACUGCCGUGAUAAAAUCCGUGUGGCAAGCGCAUCUCCUAUAGUGGAGUGGUGUUGA